AUGACUUCUCGGUUCUGGGCCUCCUCUUCAGAUGAUUCGAGCGUUGAAACGAGCGUCAAUUUGACGGGCGCAAGGACUGGUGACCCGGACUGGUCACAUGAUGUCUCUUCCAAGUCCAAACGCGAUCCACAGGGCUCAGGAAACAUGGAUCUGGAUGAGGAUGUCGAGGACAUAGGCACAGUGACACGACGAGAAAACCUCAUCACGAGUCCCAAACUGCCCCAGCAACAGUCGGCACUUCUGAUGCUGUCGAUGAUUGAGGAGAGGUGCAAGGCCGAGGCCGCCAGCCGCUUGGCGGACCUACCACCAGAUCACCCCAAAGUCCGCCAGCUAUCAAAGGAGACAUUCAUUGAAACGAAGAAGAGAUUGAUCGAGGUCGGCAUGAUACCCAAAGAGCUCGCUAGCAAGGGCGACCUUCAGAACUACUUGUCGUCUUUUGACACUGUUCUCAAGACCGUCGUCGAGAGGAGAGCUUCUAAAAUCGAGGGACUGGAACUAGAGCAGGGGCUUUCUCUCGGCGAUUCAUCACAUGCUGAUAUCGAUGUCGGACAUCAAUACGCUAAUCCAUCAAAAGCCUUGACCAUUCCGUCCUUCUUCGCGUUUUUCCGCCCUGGCGGCGAGAGUGAUGAUAGUAUUCCGGAGUCGAUUUACAGAAAGGAGUAUAAAGAGAUUCGUUUGCUUGGAAGCGGAGGAUUCGGCCGUGUUUACCUUGCAAGCUCUCUUGUCGACGACUCUAUAUACGCCAUCAAGAGAAUCACUAUACCUGGCAAGCGUCUUCGCGAAAUUUCCGGUCGUUCUGACCAUGAGAUGAUGAUCGCGGAAGUCAAGGCCUUGGCUAAAUUAAACCACGUCAAUGUUGUGCGAUACUACCACUGCUGGGCCGAGACACAUCCUCGAGGAGGAGCCGAACCGCUUAGAGGGAGUCAUGGCAAUUCAUCCUCAUCGGAGACGGAUUCUUCCUUCAGGUCUCAAGCACAAGCCCAGGUACAAAACCGAGACAUGGUAUCAUUCGGAGAUCCUAGUUUUUCGAGGAGCAAAGUGCUAGAAAGCAGUGAGGAUAUUGUACGCUUCGAAGAAUCAGACGAUCAGGUCAACGAUGAGGCUUCUGGUAGCACUGCAGAAUUAGUCAUCAGAACUAGCGACCUAGGCCAGCUCGUUCCGUACCACGGAAAACACGCUGAUAAAGAGAACGAGGUCGACUACCAAUUAUACAUUAAGAUGACUCCUUAUCCUAUGUCGCUAGAAGAACAUAUUUGGUAUCAGGACCAGUUAAAACCAGCCAAGAUACCUGGGGUAAAGCAUUGUUUUCACACAUUGCCUGCCGUCCGCCUUCUACUAGGAAUACUCGAUGGGGUUGAGUACCUCCACCGUCAGAAAAUCAUUCAUCGCGACCUCAAGCCCGCCAAUAUUUUCCUUGCUUUCCUCCCAUCAACGGAACCUGAUACGGCUGGUUAUAUUGAUAUAUCAGACUGCAAUGAAUGCCGCCGAGUGUCCAAUGUGAUCCACGCCGAGCAGAUCACCCGUGUCUGCCCGGUCAUUGGAGAUUUUGGUCUGAUACACGAAUUGAAGGACCCCAAUGCUGAUGUAUACGUCUCGCCUGCGGAGAGUGAAGCGGCUCCUAUACCUUACCCGUUUUCUGGACAAGCUGGCACCAAGUUUUACUGCCCUCCUAUUCUCCCCAAGACAAACCCGAUAUGUACUAGGCUGGACGUGUAUAGUUUGGGAAUCAUUGCAUUCGAGCUGGUCUACAAAUUUGGUACGAAGUCCGAACGGCAGAUCAUUCUCUCUGCUCUGAGAAAUGGUGUCUUUCCGAAGGAUUUUGAGGAUCACAGAUUGGCCGAGGGCAUCAAGGCCAUGCUACACAAGGACAGGGACCAGCGCUGGGAUUGUGCUCAAGUCCGGAAAUGGCUGACUUCGCUAUUCUCCUGGCCGGCCGGGUCAACAAGCGAAUCCCGCCUUGAUCAAGUUUCGAUUUCAAACCCGUGA